UCUCUCUUGCCUUGACCCCUUGCUAUAUUUGUUGACAAUCGUUGUUCGUGCAAUUUUCCAUCAGUAAUUUCCCCUUUGCUGUGGGGAUUAAAAUUGAAGAUGAAUACCAAUUAUAAUCGGCAAGCCUAUAACAAUUCGCCUGUUGGAUUUCAACAUGGCAAUCGUUUUUUUGCGCAAAGGAGUCCGAGUUUUUCCCAAGGUAACCGAUUUCAAUCUCCACAUACACAACAAGGUAACAGAUAUCGUUCCCCGAAUCAUUUGAACUAUUCAAAUGCCAACCGAAGUCCAAUGCACAAUAAUUCACCGGAAAUGUUUUCGCCUCGUAAUUCUUCUCCAUACCGGCAAAACUUUCACCGAAAUUCGCCAAAUUCAUACAAUACCCCGAACAGUUCAGAUGGUAGGAGUAAUUAUGCUAAUCGCAGUUCGUACGGUUCCAGCGGCAAUUCCAGUUCAUAUUUCGGUGACGCAUCAUUUGGAAGUCCUUAUAAUACAUCAAAUAGGCAUAACAGAUUUCAGGGUAAACGGAGCUACCAGAGUCCAAACUCCAGCGAUUCCAACCCCGGACAUUCAGCUGACAUUCGACAAUAUGUACAUCCGUCAAUGCUGGAAGAUCCUUGGAAAGACUUGAUGGCUGAAAUGGAAAAGGAUGUGCCGAAUAAAUCAUGAUGAAACAUUGUAUAAAAAGAAAAUAAUGAUUUUAACUGUUUUUAAUGACUUUCAGGCAAGACCUGAUGCCAUCUUCGUACAAAAUUGCAUGUAAAUAAAAGGGUUUUAACUGUU